UUCUGUUGUAAAAUUCGAUUUUAUUGUUCUAUUUUUUAUGAAUUUAAAUUAAUUCUGUGAAGAUCAACUCAAUAUUUCCUUCAUUAUUCCUUAUACAAUAAUGAUUUCUGUUCUUUACAGCAAACAUAUCUUUGCAGUCAUUUUUCUAUUUUUCUUUUGUUUAAGUGAAAUUAGGCUAUCCGGCGCUGGAGCGGAGGAUACCAAUUUUCGGGUUAAAUCUGGCUCUAAAAAAAGAGAUUUGUCUCGAAGCGUAAGGGAGCAACAUUAUUUGUCAUAUUUGUCACAAAUGCUCAAAAGCAAAUUAGAAGAGAAUCCAAUACUAAUUGAAAAUGAGCUAAAAUCAAACAUCAAUGAUGAAUAUGCUGUUUUAAAAGCACCUGUAGCCCAAAAAAAUCAUGAUUCUCAAACAUUUGACACUGAAGAUCACCCAGAAUUCAUCAAAGAAUCCGAGUUUGACGUGAAAAAAAAGCAGAGAUCUGUCCUUAAUCCGCUAAUAAAUGUCGGAUCAAAGUUGAAGAAUGAAGCAAAUAUUAUUAGAGAGCCGAAACAUUCAGAAAAAUUCAAUAUAAAUAAUAAUUACAACACGGGAGAGAGUCAAAAUGAUCGAUCAAAGGAUGGUUCUGGCUUUUCUCCAAAGAGAAUUGAUCAAAACUGGAAAUCUCACAAGGAAAAAUUACCAGAAAUUCAAUAUCCUUUAUCUAACUUAUUCAGAAGUAAAGUUGUUAAUAAUAAGAAUAAAUAUAAUAUAGAAAAAAAUGGAGAAAAUGUAAAAAGUUUGUUUACAGCAGAAAAAGGCUUUGACGACGCUACUGACGAUGAGAAAACAAACGAGAUCAGGAAGGAAGUGGAAAAAAUCUUCCAGAUCUCGUUAAAUUAAUUUAUACAAUUAAAUAUUCUAUUUUAUUCUUAAGAAAAUUAUCAUAAACAUUUUGAACUUUCAAUUUUUUAAUGAAAAAAAAUCUAUAAUUCUAUAUAAUUAUUUAAAUUCUUUUAUCAAAAAGAUAAUUCUGUAAGUUUGAAUAAAAAUUUUGAAUUUAAUAGCGUAAGAAAAAUUAAUUAAUUAACGAAUAUGAUACAGAUUGUAAUUUAUUCGUAUGAAAAAAAUAUUGUCAAGAAGUAAUAAUAAUA